AUGGCAAACAUGCGUACUGUAGUUGAGAUGUACGCCUUCACAAAUCUCAAGGCUGCAAGGAGCAAAAAGUUCUUCAAGAACAAGAAGGCAGUUGGGGUAUGCCUGCCCUUGGUGCUGAUCUUGGCCGUCUCUGUGUAUAUCAUCGGGACUGUGUCAAGGGAGAAUCCGGACACCGUAUUGUCAAAACCUGGACUCCGUAUCAUCAAAAGGUCCAUAUCAUUGUCAGAUGAUCUCAACGGUGCUCUCCGAGCCGCAGCUGCCGAAGACGCCCCGGCCUACGUGAAAAACCACGCACUUGACAAGCGGUUCCUCCCGGCCAUUGCGAAUCUUGCAGGGGACAUUGUCUCAUCAGGAAGCAGCUUCGACGCAGACGAACUGACAGACACGAUCCAGAAACUGGGCAGUAUGAAGAACAUGGGACCAGACAUCAUGGCCCAAAGUGUGCAAAACGAGGCUGAGGUCACGGCAGAAGUGGAAAAAGAGGUGGCUGAGGAAACGGUCGAUAAGAUACUUGGAAAAUAUUCUCAUGACAAGAAAGAUGAAGAUGGAGACGAUGACGAUAAUGAUGGCGGCGGCGGCGGAGAGCACGAGAUAAAGGCUGAGGUGGACUUUGUUGCAGACAAGGGUAUGGUGGAAGAUGACAUGUUCGCUCCACCAGGAAUGCACAUGAAAGUAGACGUUGAGGAGGACCCCGGAACGGACAGCGAACCCGAUCAAAGCUCCGAGCCAAUGGCGUUCUCCUACCCCUUGGGGAUGGGCUCUGCUCUGAUGAACGGCUGUUUCGGGACAGGAUACGUACCAGGAGAUCCGUGCUACAACGUCAGGGACGUCAUCCCGGCAUGUUACAACAUGAUGGAGGGGUGUGGCUACAUCGGGGUCGGCUUCGAUGGUCGCGGAGACUACAGCAGCACGUCCAGGAAGAAAACAGUCGUGCAGCGGAACUGCAAAAACCUGGCUACGUAUCACGAUGAGGAUGUCCCGGACACCAUGAAUGUUCACGGCAUCUUCGACACUGAGGUCUCCUCCUACGUCUUUGAGUCAAGACAGACUGCCGUUGAGUCAGCAUAUGGGAAGUCGACGUCAUCCAAUAAACAGAAGUUUAUGUCUCUUAUGCAGUGUAACGUAAUAAGGUAUGAAAUCUUCCUGGAUGAAAUCUCUCCGGAUACCCUGAGUCUGCCCUUCCUGAGAGACUUCUUGUCUCUUCCGACAAAUUUCAUCCUCGGAAGGCCACAGCUUCAAAAGUUCAUCAUCCGCUAUGGAACUCAUUUUAUCAAGUCAGCAAAGUUUGGCGGUUCCUUCCGGCUGUUCAAGACCCAAGAGGCCUCCAGGACUGAAAGUCUCGAAGACUUCUCCAUUCAGGCCCAGGCUUCUUACAAUUCUCUUUUCUUCAACGCCGGAGGUCACGCCGGAAUGAGCUCGUCCAGCGGUUCAUCCCAGUCUUCCAAGUCUUCCAGCACCCAUGUGACAGUGGAAGGGGGCGACCAGGAAGUUGCCUCCAUCGUCGCUGACUUUUACUCAACCGGCUUCAAGGACACCUUCACCGAGUGGCUGAAGUCCAUCCCCACCUACCCCAAACCCAUCGAGAUGUUCAUGGGCACCAUGUCAGAACUGCUGGACCUGAACUACAAACUUCUCUUCCCUUUUGACAUCAAAGAUGCUGCAGACGGAUGCUUCGGUGCAGAGUACUGUGACUUCACAUCCGCAGAUAAGUUUGAACAAGAAAUGGACAAGAAACGACUAGCGCUGGAAAGGGCGAUUGCUGUUUACAUGGAAGAGGGACCGGUGCCCACCACGGAUUUCCGUCUGGAGGGAGGGGACCCUGGAUGUACUUCUGAAGCCUUAGGGGUAAAGGGAGGUGCUUCAGGAACUACCUACCCCACAUGGAUGGAACUCAUCAGCGGAGAUACAUACAAGAUCAUCUUUGAUCUUCCUGAAAGCAUCAACUACGACAUUUCGAAGGACAAAGAAGCCUUCUUGGUUUUUGCACGACAAAGGUGGAACUGCCACGCCCCCGGUGCUAAAAUGCACAUGUACAACAGCCGUGACAAUGGUGGAAGUGGUGACAUCAACAACAAAAAGGUCUCCUGCUUUGGUUUUGUGAUGACCUACCAGGAAGCAUCCGGGACGUUUGUAGUCACCCAACAAGAUCAAGACGCUUCUACUCAGGCUCUGGGGCAGUUGCGACGCAGCUACGUAGGCUGGACUGUUGCCAGAGCUGAAUAUGUCAGCCCGUUGGAGCACGCCCAGGCAAAAGGUGAUGCUUUAUCAAGUAUCGUUGAGGCUCCCUGUAGUGUGAAGUGGUCCAACUCGUACCAGAUCAAACCUGCGGAGGAGGGAGGGAGGUGCCUGUACUUCGUUGCUGCGUCUGCAGGCGACAUUUUUGUGGUCUUCUCCACCAUUCCGAGGGACGUUUCCACCUGGUACCAUCUCCAGAUCAGUUAUCAAGGCGUUGCUCUCUACAAGGGAAUGAAGCUGGUGAAGUACGAGGGAGCGAAGAAUGCCCGAAGUCUCGGUGACUCCAAAUUGUUCCAGCCUUACUUCAUUUGCCUGGAGGAAGACGCAGAGAACAUGCGAACCUACAUCAAAUACGGCGUCGGCUCGGACACUUCCGAGAAAGGCCUGGUCUACAUGGUCUACAAUGAUCGCAGUCCACCAUUGGGCAUUCGUUUCUACUCCUUCGGCAGCGGAGAAGAGUCCGUAGAGAUCAUGGACGCCCGAGUCAUCGAGGGAGGAGCAACAGGACAGAUGGAAUGUACAGGGGGAACUGUACUGAAGGACGGGAUUUGUGUAGAAGAUUGUCAUCCCGAGUGUGACGGAUGUAUUCCAAGUUCUCCAGGAUCGAAGCUCGACACGGAAUGCCGCCGGUGUAAGCACUUUUCCAUCAAAAUCGAUAAAAAAGUCCAGUGCGUCGCAGAAUGCCCAGCCGGUCAAAAACCAGGUGCCGAUGGCGUCGAAUGCACCUGUAAGGAUUUUGUCAUCAGCCACCAAAAUGGAACUAACACCUGCGUCUCCGCGUGCCCACUUGGUAACAAAGUGGGCUCGGAUGGCAACACUUGCUUGUGUAAGUUCACCAUAUGCUUGUGUACAACUCCUUGGAGAGAUGAUUGGCGUUGUGGAAAGGACUUCCCAGCUCAAGCAGCAAACCCCGGGCGGUGUAACCCAUUUGGACCUCAUCCCUGUUGUUCUGAUACUCAAUAUUGUGGACGCACGGACGCUCACUGCACUUGCUCCGGCUGUAGAGACUACCGUAAUCUUGCCCUGGGGAAGCCAGCGUACCAAAGCAGCCAAUAUACGGAUCACGUUGCCGGCCGUGCGGUAGACGGGGUCACCAGCACCUGUGCUCAUACCGUGGGGGGAAACGGAGAGCCUUACCCCAGCUGGUGGGUGGAUCUUGGACACCCGUAUUUGAUUGACAGGGUAAUCAUCUAUAUCCGCAUGAACCACUUAGCAUAUUGGAUCAACCCCUUCAACAUCCACAUCGGGAAUUCUACCUCUGUCGAUAAGAACCCCAAGUGCGGCGGUGAUCAUAGAAUCGACGUGAGUAAGCCGUCUAUCAGCAUCUCGUGCCCGGGGAUGCGGGGACGGUACGUCGGUGUGCGUCUCCCCGGAAACAACCGAAUUCUGGUUCUGUGCGAGGUCCAAGUAUUUGGUAAACUGUAGUAGAGGCCACUGUGGAU